CCUUGAACCUCUUUAACUUCUGUCUCUCUCCUCGCAGCGGAGGGGAGGAGGAGACGCCGGUGCUCCACCGUCACACACCUACGUCCACCGCCGGCCGCCGCUUCCGGAGAGGGAGAUAAGCGUGUGUAAUCGGUUUGUUUGCUUUGUUUUAUUCAGUUGAUUUUUGUUUUAGUGGCAGCAAUGCCAGCACAGAAGCGAGCUUUCGAUGCAAUGGAGGGUGAUCCUCUGCAGCGCCACCACGGAAACCACCAUGAGCCACCAGAAGAUGGGGACGGAUACGAAUCUGAUCGAAGCCCUUCGUGGAGUAACGGAGAGAAGGACGAAUUUGUCAUAGUAAAAUUGGCAGAAAUACGCAAGGAAGUGCAGUGUCCAAUUUGCCUUGGGAUCAUCCGGAAGACUCGAACAGUAAUGGAAUGCUUGCAUCGCUUCUGCAGGGAAUGCAUUGACAAAUCCAUGCGACUGGGUAACAAUGAGUGUCCUGCAUGCCGCACACAUUGUGCUAGUCGUCGUUCUUUGAGAGAUGAUCCAAACUAUGAUGCUCUGAUAGCAGCCCUAUAUCCAGAUAUUGAUAAGUAUGAGCAGGAGGAACUGGCUUUUCAUGAAGAGGAGAAGACUCGUAAUAAGCAGAUCCAAGCUUCUAUUGCCCAAACUUUGCGAAGACAAUCAGAAGCGCUUGGCAGGAAAAGGACAACAGCAAAAGCCACUGCGGCUGCAUUUGCAAGGAGAUCCCAGGGUAAUUAUCGACGGGGGAGGAGGAACUAUCGAGCUACUGAUCUUCUAGGAUCUGAGGAUGAUGAGGAUGCAAAUGGUAAUGAUGGAGGCAAAGAUUCAUCUUCUGCUGAAGAUCAUUCUGCAGAAGUCAAACCAAAAAGAAGCAGGAGGUGGGGAGGAGUUCGGUUUUCUCAGCCUUCCUCGGGAGCCGCCAAUGCAGAUGGAGGGGGUGAUGAAAAUGAUUUGGAACCAAACAGAGAAGCCAUGGGUGCAUCUGCAGGGCUUGUUGGCAACUCAGAAAUACUUGCAUGGGGCAAAGGUGGCAUGCGGAGUCACACUCGAUAUGGCAGUGUGAGUGGUGGUAAUGGUAAGAAUGCACGGAGCAGCCGCCUCUCUAAGUUGGUAGAUUAUCUCCGUAACUUGGAGCACAAUGAUGAUGAGUUGGAUAUCCAUCUCAUGCUUGUUUCACUAGAUGAACAAAGAAUACCGAGUCUGCAGACGCCAUACCUUUGCUGCAGGCCCACUCUGUCUGUUAGACACCUCUGCCAGUAUGUUGCUCUUCAAACCCCAUUGCUAGCCGAUGAAGUUGAGAUAUUGGUGAUAAAAGAGCAACUUUCCAAGAUAAACCCUUCAAACUCCAGCAGCCCCGACCCAUGCAGUGAUAGGUUGCAAGUUUUAGAAGCACAAGAAACUCUGGCAGUACUCAAGACCAUGCGCAAUGCCAACCAAAGCCAUCUGCUUCUUGCAUACCGGAGAAAGUUGUCAGCUUAGGGAGUUCAUGUGGAAUGCAGCGUGGGUUGGAUCAUUAAGGAGAGGCCAUUACAUCUAGUUUGUACAAGGAAUGUGGAUAUAUAAGACUAUACUCACAGUGGGAUCUUAGGAAGGUAUAGCUGUUUAGGUUCUCAUGGAACUUUCUUCGUGGUUAUGUAAUGUUUUUCUAGGAACCUUAAAACCAUAGAAAAAAAUGCAGGUUAUAUAAACAUGGCGGAAAUGCUGUGGUGUUUGAUUUUGUUUCACGCGGCUUUCUCAAUUUCGUUUAAUGACUAAUGCGGUAUUGCC